UCCGUUUCUGAUGUUAGAGGUAUGCGAAUCAUGAUAUUGGGCGAAGGUAAUAAACAGCCAUAGCUUUAACAAAAAUCUGGAAAAGGAGUCAGAACAUUGCAAGUUUCCUGGGUAUUUCAACAGAGGAGCCAUAGCUAACCUAUUUGAGCAUCUUCAACUAUGAACAACAUCCCGUUGAUUGUUUUCCUGCACAUCGUUACUGCUUCACCGCAAGAUGGGCAGAUCACAUGUUCCAUACCUUCCGUUGAGCCAGAUCAGGACAUUGCUCUCACCUGUUUGUUUCCUGAGGACCUUAAUGCAACCCAGAAAGAUUUCUCCGUCUAUUACUAUACUGAUGACACAAAACCAGAAGCUGUUCUAGAUUGCUGGUGGAUGACUGGUAUUUUGAAAUGCUUUGAAAACCGCGGAUAUAAGUUCAACAUGACAGUAAACACACAGCUGACUCUCAACAUAAGUCACGUGAUGUCGACAAACAAAGGAACCUACGCUUGUCAAAUUGCCGGCUACAAACCCAGCUCUUUUAGAACAUGUCAAUUCGCAAGCGUACAGAGCAAUGACGAAAAAAGGAUUACGUGUCUUAUUGCCCUUGUACAGAUUGAUGAGGAUGUUAGUUUGACAUGUCACUUCCCUGAGGACCUCAGUGUUGUCAGGAAAGAUUUCUCUGUCUACCACGUUACUACAGAAGGAAACCAAUAUGCUGUAGUAGACUGCAGGUGGAAUAGUGACGAGAUGAAGUGCAUCGCAAAUUCAGGUUAUGAGUACAAGAAAACAGAUGGCAAGACUCUGAAAAUCACAAUAAGGAACGCGAUAUCAUCAAAUGCAGGAUUUUACGUUUGUGAAGUAGCUGGAUACAGACCUAGCUCUUUCGGAAUCUGCUCACUCCCAAUCAGCAAUAACAUUAAGGGAGACCUUCACAAGGCUGAUCACCAAGACAACACUUUAAAGAUUGGAUUAUCAGUGGGAUCGCUACUUUUGGCUGCAUUAGUGGCUACUGGGAUCGUUCUAUUUGUAAAGCAUAGAAGAAAUGGUUUACCAUCUUGUUUUAAAACUAGACAGGACACCAAACGUAUGGAACAAGGUCAGCCAAUGCUUAAAAGAGACAAAGGGGCGAAUACACAGUGCCAGAAAUCAGAAAAGCUAAGCCAGAUAACAAAGACCUUCCAAAAACAUUUGGAGCACAGCGUCAAACAAAUCUAUCCGAACAUGAGUCGUGGCUGCUAUUUCGUGCCACCUAUCUUGUUCAACAAAACUGCUUACAAGAGACAGUCUUUCUAUGGUCAAUGUGUCUACGUCCCUCACCCUUCAAAGCUGAACGACAUCAGAAAGGACCGCGCAAUGCAGCACGUUAUGCAUUGCUUAAGGCACUUUCCAAAGAACGGAGAGCAACAAAUGUUUGUCUUGACACAGUUUCAGUACGAAGACUACUUAAACAACCCCGGUGAUAAUUUUAAAAGACACAGUCUUCCUGUUCCUGCUGGUCUGCCUGUACUUCCUGAUAAGAAAGGACAGGUUGACAAUGCCGCCUGCUUUGACUUUCUCAUUAUCCAUCGCCUACAUGGGGUAUUGGUCGGGGUGGUCAAAGCUGUUGGUGAGGAAGAUGAAGAAAGUAAAAGUAAUGAGCAAAUGAAAAUUGAACGUGUUGUCUAUGAGGUUAAAGAAGCUUUGGAACAACUCAGAUUGGCAGAUCGCAUGUUGAGACAUCUUAUGUCAGAUCAGCAACCGUUUCCCAAAGUGCGCCAUACCUUGAUAUUACCCAAUAUCACCCGCGCUACACUUCAACAAGCUGUUCAAGAUCAUAAUGAUGUGGUUGAGAAACUACGUGAGGGUUUGGAUGUGAAUGCCUUAAAAGAUCCUACUAAGCAAUGCCUGUGUUCCGAGCACCUGUCAAACCAUAACGAACCUUGGAAUGUCAGCAAAUAUGUAGUGCAAAACAUGCAAGAUAUCUGGAUGUGGACAACAAGCAACACUGAGAAAGACGUCAACAUUACUGACGAUGUUUAUUUAAGCCUGAUAGCCAGAUUUGUGGGACCUGCUACACAAUCCACACUGCAGAUUCCUGGCAACUGUGAGCCAUUCCCCUUGCCCAAGACUCUGUGUGAAGCCGUGUCCAUGACAGGAGAAUUGUAUGGCCGAUCAAUCUUCCAUGAAGAUGCAAUAAAGCGUUUAAAAAAUGAAAGUCAAGGAUUCCUUGUUGGGCCGCCCAAUACCGGGAAAACAAGGAUGCUAUCGCUUGUCGGAGGGAAAUGUCUGUCCAACGGUCAAAACGUUUUUGUCGUGAAGGACAAGUGUUCUCCAAAUGAUUGGUUUCUUUCACAGCACUUGAUAAAGUUGAAACAGAGAUCUACUUCUCAACAUUUUAACGGCGUUAUUUAUGAGGAAACCUGUGAUUUGAGUAUAAACAAAUCUGUUGAGAAAUUUGUAAAGAAGGUCACUGGGAUCAAAGGAAACAAAGGCAAUUGUGUAUUACUUGAUAAUGUGCAUUUUGAGACAAAACGUGCCAAGACAUUUUGUAAAGCCCUACUUAAAGAGUGUCCGAAAGUACAAUUAUGGGUCAGCUGCACAGGCGAUUCAUCGCCAGAAAUAUUACCCUAUAGCAAGCAUUGUACUGAAAUUCUCAAUUGCCCACCAGCUGUGGUGAGAGAAGUAGCGACAACCAAAGAAAACACAAAUAAGUGUGAAGAUGCAAAAAACAAAAAUAUCAUUCUUCCCCCAACAGACGGACCGCCAGUGAAAAUCAUUUAUUACUAUUGGUCCGUUAGAAGUGAACCUCAUGACAGUCUGAAGUGCGGACAAGAUGUCGGUAGCUUUCUUAGCAAAGAGCUCCUCAUCACUGAAUCUGAUGAAUCAACAAGACAGUCGGAUAGUACAACACACCUGCAAUGCAAAGACGUUCUCAUUGUCUUUGACAAGGACUGUGCUAUCGCAGAGGACAGCAACUUUCUGACGGGCCUGAGACAGACUGGUAUCACCGUACAGGCUGCAGUGAACAAUGGAAACAAUGAUGUCAGUGAUGAUGGCAUUAACAGUGCGUGGGCUAUGAACGUUCGCUACAUGGACACAUACAGAGUGAAAAGGAAAGUAGUUGUCUACGUGGAAUACUCUAAAAUGAUCGCCACAGACCAAGAGAACAAGAACAGAGCUCUGACAAGCUGCACAUCGCAGUUGAUCUUGGUUAAACCUUCAGUUAAUGUCUCUUAAAUGAUUAUUACAGAGACAUGUAUAUAGCAUCCCACAGAAUUAUCGAGAGUCAGGCAAACAAUUUUAUGCAGUUGUUUGUCUAAUGAUUGAUAAUUUAUCACUUUUAUAUAAAGACUAUCAAUACUUAAUUAUCAAUCACUAUUUUUUGUACUUAUAAUGCAAACAGCUUUGAUCGAUGCAACCAUGAGCUACAAGAUUUAUUAAUUCGAUGUUAACAUUGGUAUUGAGAAAAAAAUUAUAUUUAUUGUACAGCUAACAAUAUAUAACAAAAUAUAAUUAUAAAAUUAACAAGCAUAGUUUUUUUAUGGAAGCAGGAGACGCUGGACACUUUUAACGGAAGGUGUGUGUGGACCGGUGUCUUCGUAAAUAUUAUUUGCAAUCCAUAUAGAUGGUUGUGACCUAUUUAGCUUUGAUUUUUUAUUUUAUCUUUACAUAUAGGCUACCGUUUUGGUUUUUGGUAGGGUUCGACUAGCGUUUGUACAGGUCUGAUCGAUUCAAUGAAUAUAACAGGCAGUAGUUUGUGGUGAUCAGACUUAGUGUGAUAAACGUGUGUUACAUGUUAAUUAAAGACUGGUAUGCAAUAACAAAAGAACAAGAACAGAAGGAUAAGAAAUUUAAAGAAAGAGAAAUUCAGUUAUAACUAACUCAUAACAUGCAAAAAUAGCUAAUAUUUUCUUUGAUCACCUUGUAAACUAAGUAUUCUUGUGCGGGUUGUGUGCGAUCGUACAUAUAUAUAUAUAUGUGUGUUUAAGGGGUGAAUUUUGUGGUUAUGUGUGUUUCUCACCCGCAAGAGCUUUCACUGGUGUGUAUUGCUCCUCUGUCGAAUACCCUAACCUGAACAACAUUUGUGACCCUCAACGACGAAAUGAGUCUUAAGUCGCGCGGAGCAGUUUUGUGCUAGAGACCCCGAAAGGGGAUAGGGGUCAGUUUUGUAGGAGUAACAAAACCUGGUCGGCCAUCUCGACGCUAAUCUUUGAACCCGUUUUUUUUUGCAAAGUGGCCGCCACCGUACUUUCACACUUCAAACGUUUCUAACUCACUCAAUGUUAAGAUUAGAGGAUCACCUUUUGCAUCACAAGAGAGGUACAAACCUGUAUUUUUUUUAAAUAUGCAAUUUGGCAAAUCUCAAAUUUGAAACUUUAGACUCACUUCAUCGUGGAGGGUCACAAUUAAGCUCAGACGCAGGCAUUAUUACAGAAAAAAUAUUACCCUUGAGACAGUUAUCGAAAAUCUUCCUCAAAAAUCCGGUAAUACCCAUUCAUUAACAAAAAGUAGACUUCACAUACAUUGUAGUGUGUAGCUGUGUCCAACCUUGUGUUCAUGCCUGUGAAUCACUCGACACUUCUCGUAAAAAAAUACACAAUAUAAUUACUACUGCCUGAUAAAUAUAUUGUUGUAGUGCGUCUUACAUAAAAAGUUAAGGUCUAAUUUCCCCCUUUUUUCCAAAAUUAAUUAGCAAAUGCUUAUAUUAUUUAAACUAUAUUCAGGUACACUAAAUUCUCUCUAAUGUGCUUAAAGCAACAAAAUUGUCAUGCAGUUUAUUUACACGUCUGUUUUAUGGGGCAAGACGCGCGUGUACGCACUAAGAUGGAGGGACUUAUGACUAUGGAACCAUUUUCGAAUUCUUUCGGUAACUCUUGUAAGACCAAACUAGAGCAAAAAGAAUGAAAAUUUAAAAGAAAAUGUGUUUUUUUGCCAGACCAUUCAACAUCACCUUUGCCGCGGAAAGACUUCUUUUUGAUGAUAUAUGUAAAUGACUUCUCUACAGAGAAAGUUUCUGGUAAGGUUCAAGCAGUAAGGUUUAAACAUGCUUUCUGCAGAGAGUGAGUGGGUGUUAGGCAGGUCUGAGACAGAAAGGAAAUCAAUGUCAUGAUCGAUAAUGAUUAUUGCCCUUAAGCGAUUAAAGUUUGUUUCACAGAGAGAUAUAGGAUGGAGGAAAAACAAUUUUGUCAACGUUCAAUAGUUGAAAAUACUGUUCAAUCACCCCCUGGUCGUCUUAAGCUACUUCAUCAUGAAAACUAGUAACAAAAACAAUUCAAGUGACAAUAUAGAGAGAUUUCAUGUGACAAAGAAAAACUUUUUAGUUUUAAUGCUACUCUGUGUAUAAAGCACAAAAACCGGACAUUGUAAUUUAUAUUUGAGACCUAAUAAGGCUCAUAGACGGACAGAGAAUCCAGCAUUAAAUACGAAAUAAAAUAUAUGUCAUAAUUGCAUACAGUUAGUUUCUACGACAUACGAAGAUGCAGUCCAAGAGAAGGAUACAUAUUUUCUACCAAUGCACUAACAUGAGACUUUAAGACAGUCAGCUGCUUCAACGUACACAACAGUUUCACUUUUGGAGCUGUACAUAAUAUUAGAGGCAAAAUGUCAUUUAGAAGACAGACUUUUAGAGAAUAUAAUAUAAUUAUGGAUUUUGGCUUCACACUGCUGUAAAGAAAAAUCUGUUUACUUACAAAGCACAGCCAAGAACAAACAUUAAAUGUUUCUGGAUAAACAAAUAUCCUAUACUGGCGAUCAAAAUGUCCCACGAUCGACUCUCAACGCUGUCCUCAAGUAUACGUUAUAAUAAGUGAUAAAGCACAAAAAAGAACAUUUUUGGAUUGAUAUUUGUUGCUCAGCUAUCUUCCUUAUGAGAGAUUAGGUAUUUUUAAAAUAGGUGCAGAUCUGAGUAUACGUUGAGAACUGGAAAAUAAUGAAGAUAUUGUCUCUACAUUGGCAUGUAGCUAAAGAAUAAAAGUAGAUUUCUCAAUUAAUCACAAGUAAGGUGUUCGUUUUGUCGUUGUUGCGAAUUUUGCACUCAAAAGUUAAAGGUGAAGACUAAGAUUCAUUUUUAUAUUACAAUAAUUGCUGAGUUUUGAUGUUGCAAAAGAUACUUAGUACAGCGAAGUAGUAGGUUUCAAAUUACUAGAAAAAUAUCUGCAUAUUAUUGAAGCUUUUAAGACUAUUGUACAAGUCUGAAGGAUUGAUAAAAGCUAUCAAAACGGAUGCCAAAAAAUGUCAUUAAUCAUGCCUGCAACAGUGCAUCGGCUAUACACAUUCGUCACAUUCAAAAACAUAGAAAGAAGAAUAGCGGUACUCGUGUCAAGACUGAGAUAAUUUUUUUCAAAGAUACAGACAGUAAUCGACGAGCCCUCACGACCUGUACACCCCAGAUGAUCAUUGUCUAUGCAAUGUUUAGCCAUGCUUUUGACCUUUUGUGUAUAUGCAGAAACUCUUCCGAUUUUUAUAGAAGGUGAUUUCGUCUUUCAGAAUAAUAAAUCUUACACUUUAAAUAAACUAUUGUUUAAUGUUCUUUGCUGUUGUUAACUUGAUCGAAAUAAAUUAGUUUCUGUUCUACCUCUAUUGCCUUUUUUUGUCAAAUGAUUGUAAUAACAAAAUUUCCUCUCUACCUUGACUGGAUUGUAUUGAAAGCUCGCGUAAGAGACGACUUUCUAAACUGAAGGGUACCUUGAUAGAUCAUUGUAUGUCGUCUUUAUGCGGGCUACUUCCAGCUAUUUUAAACUGACUUGAGACGGCUUAAAAUUUUCAUUUACAUUAUAAUGCCGACUGAACGACCUUUAUCUCUCCUCUUAUGAAUCAGAUUCUGAAAAGUAUGGCCAAUUCUUUAUAUGGAAAAAAGCUAUGAACUUCCAUGCAGCCUAGUCCUUGUCACAAAUAUGAAGUUUUUACAUAUGGCUAUGCUAUUCUUAUCUUUUAUGACAACGCGUUUUCCUGUAGAAAAAAUGUACAUAAUACAGAGUAUUAUUGCUGCUCAGUAAAAGAUGAUCACAGAGGAAUCAUAAUAAUCAAAGUGAGGGAAAAGGAGUGAAAAGAUAGAACGUUAUCAUUGAUAAACAAAUCAAUAAAUAGCAAGAGCCAAUAGCAGGCAUAGUUUCCAGCCUGUGUAGUAAUGUGUCUUAACUUUGGAUGUUUCUAUAACUCAUAUAAUAGUUGUGGCGAAUUGCUCAUGGGAGGACACAACGCCUAUAGUUUAUUAGGCUGCCUACAAUGAAAAACACUUUUUUAAAUAAAAAGUUGUAUCUUUAAGUCUAUUUAAGAAAGAGUAAGCUUACUUUGAACUGAUGGA